AUGGGUAACAAAGUGAGCAAUCCGCCGUUCAGUUGGGUUAAGAAUGGAGAGGGUCAACAUUAUGGAUGGUCUCAAGAUAGUUUAUAUGUCAAAGUUCCAUCAUCGACAACCAAUGGUGAAUUAUCUAUAGUUGAAGAUACAUUGAAACCA